AUGGAUGAAAACACACAAUCAUGGGAAGAUCUUAUCAUUAAACAUAGGAGUGAAAACGUUAAGUUCAAAUCACGUACAUGUUGUAUCUACAAUACACAACCAAGUAAUCCUGAGAAUUUUGGAGAUAAAAUAUGUCCUUGUGGUCGUAUGAUUCGUCGCCAUAGUUUCACUAGUAAUUCUGUAGAAGCUAGAGAGGCAAAGAAGGGAAAUACUGAAUUUAAUCCUCCAAAAGAAUUUCCCGAUGAUAACAAACAUUCUGAUGCAGUAUCUGUCAAUGUUUUUGGAACAUUGCAACCAAGUGGUUGUAAAUUUCUUCGAAUAGAUGUUCGAAUACCAAUGAAAAAUAUAUUCAAAUUCAUUUUCGAAGAUUGUGGAAAACAAAAACCAGCUCUAAUAUUAAGUAUUUAUGGUGGAGCUAAAUAUUUUACAAUGACAGAACGACUUGAAAAAGAAUUUAUAAGAGGUGUUAUUGAUGCUGCUACAGUGGCCAAUGCAUGGAUUCUUACGACUGGCAUUAAUAAUGGUGUAUCCAAAUUAGUCGGCGAAGGUAUUUCACAUUAUUCUCUCUUACGAGAAUAUCCGAAUAAAGGAAAUCCACCACCAUUAUGUGAACGACAGAUUCCAGGAAAUGUCGGAGAAGAUAGAGAAACAAUCGAACGAAAUCAUACACAUUGCCUUUUAUUUGAUAGUGGUAAAUUGUAUGACUAUCUUAGUGAUUCACAACGUCAUCAAUUUGUUACUGAAGCAUGUAAGGAUACCGGUGAUGGUCAUACAUGUUAUGCCGUAACAAUCAUUGUUGAAGGAGGUGUGGGUAGUCUUGGAGUUCUUGAAAAUGAUAUUGAAGGAAAACGACCUAUUGUUCUGAUUCAAGGUAGUGGUCGUGUAGCCGAUUUGCUCGCCGUGCUUGUCGAACAGACAUCAAAUCCUGAUCGAAAUCAAUAUUGGGAUCCAUCGAAGGAAGAAAUUGUAGAAGCUCUUAAUCGAUAUUUUCCUAGUCUUUCUGAUUCCGAUACUUCAACAGCGACAAACCAGAUUAAAAAAAUUUUGAAAAAAGAAAAUCGUCAUUUAUUACAUGUUUUCUCUAUAGAUCGUGAUCAAAAUGUAGCUGAAACAAUUUUCAAAGCUAUAUUUACAGUUACAAACAAGAAGACUGAAUUAAAAUCUAAUAAGAAAAACGAAAAUGAAACAUUGGAACAAGAAAAACAACGUCGAAAAGAUGAAGAUAAACUAGUAGAUUUAGCACUUGAAUGGAAUUAUUUUGAUGGUGUUUUACCAAUAUUACAAGCACGACAACCGAACGUUUUCAACAAAAAAAACAAUUUCAUUCAGGAAGAUAUCGAAAGGACAAAACAAUUGUUCCGGAAAUCUUUGGAAAAAAAUCGUUCAACAUUUAUUGAAUAUUUUCUAACAUCUGGUUUUGAUCUAUUAACCUUAAUCGAGAAUAAUGAUGUUCCUAGUUAUCAAAAAUUUAUUUUAGAGUUAUAUAACAAAAGUUAUAAAAAAAUGAACAAGAGUCAUCAAAAUCGUGUAAAAAACUUAUUUGGUGAACCAAAUUUCAGAUCAAUACGAGAACUCAAUUAUAAAUUAAAUAAAUUUGUUGGAUCUUUUUUUGGAUCGAUCUAUACUGUUACAGAAGAUAGUUUUUUAAAUCGUAUUAAAAUUGAUUUGCAUAAUCGUCUAUGUACUUGUUGUGGAUCACAUGAAUAUAUUAAAGAAGAUCAUGAGUUAAAAGUUAUUCAAAAUAUUAGAAAUGUUUAUCCAACAGAAAAUCAAUACACAAAACAUCAUAUAUUACGUGAUUUAUUUUUAUGGUCUAUUUUUAUGGAUAUGCCAGAAAUGGCUAAAGUUUUACUUUUUCAUGUUCGAUCUCGUAUUUGUGCUGCUCUUAUAGCUUCAGCUAUAUUUAAAAAAUAUUUAUACUUUUCACUAACAGUUGAUAUGAGAGAUAAAUUUCAAAUUCAAGCAUUAGAAUUUGAAACAUAUGCUGGAAUGUUUAUUGAUCAAUGUUAUGAAUAUAAUGAAAAACGUGCUUGUGAAUUACUUUUACGACAAAUACCACUUUUUGGUAAUAUAACAUGCAUGCAGCUUGCUAUUUCCAGUGCAAGUAGUAAAUUAAUUGAAACAGCUUGUUAUGAUCAAACAUUAAAUCAAAUAUGGUUUGACAAAUUAUCUUUGAGUAAUCAUCAAUUAAAAGCAAAAGUAUCACAAAGUCUUGCAAUUAUAAGUUUUGGCUUAAUAGCACCUUGGAUUGUCACUUAUCGAAAAGACACUGACGAAUCAUCAAAUAAUACAAAGGAUGAUGAUCUAUCUCAAGAUGGUAUAAACUAUUAUGUUAAUAAACAAAAUACAAAAGAUGAAAAAUGUACAACUUAUUGGAAACGUUUUCGUUAUUUUCAUGAAAGUCCAAUGGUAAAAAUGUCUUAUCAUUUUAUUAGUUAUCUGUGGUUUUUACUUGUAUUCAGUUAUAUGAUGCUUUAUCAUCUUAAUGCUCGUAAUACAUUUAAUAUUCCUCAUUGGACUGAAAUUUAUGUGAUUAUUACUGUUUCAACUAUGCUUGUUGAAGAAGCUCGAAGACUUCGCUAUCAAUAUGUUACACGUAUGACCGAACGAUGGGGUUCAACUGGAUCUACGGCUUUAACAUUUUUAUCGAAUGUAUUUUAUAUUCUACCAUAUUUUUUGUUUUAUAUGGGUCUUGGUUUUCGAUAUAGUAGUUACAAUGAAGGUUUACUUUCUACUGCAAGAAUCAUUUGGGCAUUUGAUCUUGAAUUGUGGUAUCUUCGAUCACUUAAGUUUGUUAUAGUUUUAAAAUUUUUAGGACCAAAAUUAUUUAUGUUAAAAAAUAUGCUUCGAGACUUGUUUGCUUUUAUCUAUAUGAUUUUCAUAGCAAUAGCUGCUUAUGGAGUUGUAUCUCGAGCAUUGAUUUUUUAUAGACAAGUACCAUUUACAGGUCGUGGAAUUCUUACCGAAAUUUUCUAUGAACCAUAUUGGUUUAUUCAUGGAGAAUUCUCAGAUAAAGAUUUACUUGAUGAGCGAAUUAAGAAUGGCACUAAUGCUGGAGGAGGAGGUGCUGCAGAAGCGACGGCGACACAUGUUCUGUUAGCAUUUCAUAUGUUAUUUAUUAAUAUUCUUUUACUCAAUUUACUAGUUGCUGUUUUUGCUGAUUCCAUUGGUAAAGUUCAAGAAAACACAGAAUUUUAUUGGCGCUAUCAACGUUAUUCAUUUGUACGAGAAUAUUUCGAAUAUUUACCAUUAUCUUACCCUCCAUUAAUUAUUAUCUCACAUAUUCUAUUAAUUAUUUUGACUAUUCAAAGAUUAUGUUACUUGAAAUUGAGUCGAAAGCGAGUAAUACAUGAUGAUUAUGUACCAAUAUCAAAAAGAUUAACACGUAUUUUUAAAAUGAUUCCAAUACAAGACUCACAAAAUGAACAAUGGGAUUUAUUUGAAAAUGCUGCAACCUAUAGUUAUGCUCGUUCAAUAUUACAAAAAAAUAAAAACAAUGAUACUUUAACUAUCAAUUAUGGAAAAUCAAGUAAAUCAUUGACUACGAUGAGUUCGAAUGUUGAAAAAAUCACUGUAGGUCAGCAAAAAACAACAGAAAAUUUAUAUGAAUUAAUGUCAACAUUUCAAUCAAUUCUUAACGAAACUCGACAAGAAUUAAAAGAAACUAAUUCAAGAACAGAAAGUCGUUUCGAUCAGAUUAGUAAAUCACUUGAGUCGAUGAGGAACACAACUCAACAUGAAAAAAUACAUGAUCAAAAAGUUUCAAGAUCUACAUCUGCAACAUCUGUAAAAAGUGAUGUUUCCAUUAGAAAUCAAGCAACAACAUUAACCAGAAAUUCUGUUAAAUGA